AUGGCGGACUCGGAACAGCCCACGCCCGUCGAGGGCACGCCGACCGACGUGGAGAUGGGCGACGGGGUGGCGGCGGACGCGGGCGCGCCAGAGGGCGAGGAGACGGGACUGACGCAGCUGGAGCCCGAGACGCCCAAGCUGGUGCUGUUUGCUGAUCUGAUGAAAAGCGCCAUCGUCGAGGUGCUGGUCGGGAGUGGAGAGGCCACGACGACGUAUUCGGCCCACGAGGCUGUUCUCGUCAAGUCGCCCGAGUUUGCAAAGCAGGUCGGCCAGUUUGCGCCUGGCGGUGUAAGUCGUCCACGUCCCCACGGGCAUGCGAGCGCGCAUGCUGACCGCGCACAGGCCCGCCAGAUUGUCUUGGCCGACUGCGACAUCGACGCCAUGGGCUCCGUCAUCGAGUACCUGUACACGGGCGAGUACUUCCCCAAGAAGACGUCGUCUGCGCGCGACGCACCCCUGGAGAAAGACCCGCGCCAGCCCGUCCCAGACGACGACGGCGCCGGUCUGCUCGUGCACGCGCGCGUCUACACACUGGCUGAGCGCCUGGGGCUGCCGCAUCUGAAAUCCCUCGCGCACAGCAAGAUCCACCGCACCGCCUCGACCGCAAAGGGCGAGCUGGCCUACGCCCGCUUCGUGUACAAGGAGUCGAACCCAGACGACGCCACGAUCCGCAAGCCCGUCGCCGCCUUCUGGGCCUCGCGCAGCUUCAGCCUGCGCCACGACGCGGAGCCAGAGUUCAAGGCCAUGUGUCUCGAGUUCCCCCAGUUCUCCUACGAUGUCCUGCAGCUCGUGCUCGACCAGCAGGAGAAGAGCCGUGGGCGGACUGCUGCUGCGGCGGCUGCUGCUGACGACGGGCCGGGACGCGGCGGACCUAGCGUUGUGCCGGGGAGCAGCAGGAAGAGGGCGCGCGUGAGUCAGAUUUAG